UCCACUCCUUCCUCCCUUCCUUCCUUCCUCCUUGCCAGUUCCCAAAACAGUCUCACAAAAGAAAACGGAAGAAGCGGAGGAUGCAGCUUCUACUAGCUCCUCAGUCCUAUUCUCUACUCAACCGUAGACCAAAUGUAGGCUUUAUUUAGACAAUUUGUCAAUCACAAAUUGAACAAAUCCUCCAUUUUCAUUAAAACCUCAACAACGGUAAUGUCAGCAGCAAUUUCAGUCUCUUUUCUCACCACGCCAUCACUCCAGCAAAGACCCUUUUCCCUUCUUCCACCCUGCAAUCUAAGCAGCCCAUUUUCAGUUCGGUUCCGCACCUCCAAUGGUCGCCACUUGAUCCCACCUCGAGCCUCCAAUGACAAUAAUGAACCCCAGCAGCUCACUGAGACCACGGUUUCAGCUGUACCCUCAAACUCGUCGACCAUGAUCACUGUGCAAAACGAGGAUAGUUUGGAUUCAACCCUUUUCUUGAUCAGAGCCCGGAACAGGAUUGGACUUCUCCAGGUCAUUACUCGGGCCUUCAAAAUCCUUGGCCUCACAAUUGAAAGAGCCACUGUUGAAUUGGAAGGAGAGUACUUUGUUAAGAGUUUUUUUGUGACUGAUUCUGAUGGGAAGAAGGUUGAAGAUACUGAGAGCUUGGAGAGGAUUAAGGAGGCAUUAGUGGACGCUAUUGACGGUGAUGGCAGCGUGAGUGGGAGUGGUGGAGUGGGGUUGGUGAGUGGAAGAGGGGUGGUGGUGAGGAAAGCUGGGCUGGGGAUGGAAUCUGGGGAGAGGAAAGCCAAGGUGGAGAAAAUGUUUGGGUUCAUGGAUGCGUUUCUAAAGAAUGAUUCAUUUAGUUUACAGAAAGAUAUUCUUGAUCAUGUUGAGUAUACUGUGGCCAGGUCAAGGUUUAUUUUUGAUGAUUUUGAGGCUUAUCAGGGAUUGUCUUACAGUGUAAGAGAUCGACUAAUUGAACGGUGGCAUGACACUCACCGAUAUUUUAAGAAAAAGGAUCCCAAGCGCCUUUACUUUCUUUCACUUGAGUUUCUUAUGGGCCGAUCAUUAUCAAAUAGUGUCAUAAACCUCGGUAUCCGUGACCAAUAUGCUGAUGCUUUGAACCAGCUUGGUUUUGAGUUUGAAGUUGUGGCAGAGCAGGAAGCAGAUGCAGCUCUUGGCAACGGUGGCCUAGCUCGCCUUUGUGCUUGCCAAAUGGAUUCUUUAGCAACUCUAGAUUAUCCAGCAUGGGGUUAUGGGCUACGCUAUCAGUAUGGUUUGUUUCGACAGAUCAUAUUGGAUGGGUUCCAGCUUGAAGAACCUGAUUAUUGGUUGAACUUUGGGAACCCCUGGGAAAUAGAGAGGGUUCAUGUAUCAUAUCCUGUGAAGUUCUAUGGAACAGUUGAAGAGGAAGGUAUUCAGGGACAGACAAUUAAAGUUUGGAUACCUGGAGAAACAGUUGAGGCUGUUGCUUAUGACAAUCCCAUACCUGGUUAUGGAACGCGGAAUGCUAUAAACCUCCGAUUAUGGGCUGCUAAACCAAGUGAUCAAUAUGACAUGUAUUUUCAGGAGUCUUAUAACACUGGUGACUAUAUUAAUGCAAUUAUGGACAGACAAAAGGCUGAAACAAUAAGCAAUGUACUCUAUCCAGAUGACCGUUCCUAUCAGGGGAAGGAACUACGAUUGAAGCAACAUUAUUUCUUUGUCUCAGCAUCACUACAAGAUAUCAUUCGGAGGUUUAGAGAUGAUCACAAUAACUUUGAUGAGUUUCCUGAAAAGGUUGCUCUUCAGAUAAAUGAUACCCAUCCAUCGCUUGCAAUAGCUGAGGUCAUGAGAGUGCUUGUAGAUGAAGAGCACUUGGAUUGGAGUAGAGCAUGGGAUAUCACAAGUAGAGUUUUCUCCUUUACUACCCAUACCGUACAUGCUGAAGCACUAGAGAAAAUUCCUGUUGAUCUUCUAGGAAAUCUUCUUCCAAGGCAUUUACAAAUCAUAUAUGAAAUAAACUACAAGUUCAUGGAAGAGUUGAAAAGUAUGAUUGGCCAAGAUUAUGAUCGCCUUUCUCGGAUGUCUAUCGUUGAAGAAGGUGCAGUGAAGAGCAUUCGAAUGGCAAACUUAUCAAUUGUUUGUUGUCAAAUUGUGAAUGGCGUCUCCAAAGUACAUCUUGAUUUACUUAAAGAGAGGGUAUUCAAGGAUUUUUACGAGUUAUGGCCUCAGAAGUUCCAGUACAAGACAAAUGGAGUUACCCAGCGCCGAUGGGUAGUGGUGAGCAAUCCAAAUUUGUCUUCACUUAUCUCAAAAUGGCUUGGAACAGAAUCCUGGAUACGCAAUGUUGAUCUCUUAGCUGGCUUGCGACAACAUGUUUCAGAUCCUGAUCUACAGCGUGAAUGGAAGAUGGUGAAGAAGGUUAAUAAAGCGAGGCUCGCAGAAUAUAUUGAAACACUUAGUGGAAUAAAGGUCAGUUUAGAUGCAAUGUUUGAUGUUCAGAUAAAACGAAUUCAUGAGUACAAAAGGCAACUGUUAAAUAUAUUGGGGAUCAUCCAUCGAUACGACUGCAUAAAGAAUAUGGAGACAAGUGACAGAAGGAAGGUUGUACCUCGUGUCUGCAUAAUAGGAGGGAAAGCUGCUCCUGGCUACGAUAUUGCAAAGAAGAUUAUCAAACUUUGUCAUGUGGUAGCAGAGAAAAUUAACAAUGAUGCUGACAUUGGGGAUCUCCUGAAAUUGGUUUUUAUACCCGAUUAUAAUGUCUCUGUGGCUGAACUGGUUAUUCCAGGAAGUGACCUCUCGCAGCACUUAAGUACGGCUGGACAUGAGGCAUCUGGAACUGGGAGCAUGAAAUUUUUGAUGAAUGGUUGUUUGCUGCUAGCUACUGCUGAUGGGGCAAUAGUUGAAAUAAUGGAGGAAGUAGGAGCAGAUAACAUGUUCUUAUUUGGUGCAAAAGUGAAUGAAGUUCCAGCAUUGCGUGAGAAGGGAGCUUCACUCAAAGCACCCCUUCAGUUUUUGAGAGUUGUAAGAAUGGUCCGAGAUGGUUAUUUUGGCUUCAAAGACUAUUUCAAGUCAUUAUGCGACACUUUGGAGGAUGGGAAAGAUUUUUAUCUCCUGGGAUAUGAUUUUGCUAGUUAUUUAGAGGCUCAGGCUGCUGCUGAUAGAACAUUUGUUGAUCCAGAGAAGUGGAUUCAUAUGAGCAUCCUGAGUACGGCUGGCUCUGGAAAGUUCAGCAGUGACAAAACAAUAGAAGAAUACGCAAAGCAUACCUGGGGAAUUGAACCUUGUAAAUGCCCUUUUUGAUGCAAAACAUUGAGAGUUCCAAUAGCAGCAAUAAUGUAUCUAGAGAGCCGUCCUGAAUUGAUAGGCAGAAGCAGCCUGUUUGCAUGGGCAAAGUACUACCUUGUCUUUCCUGUCAUGAUCUAUGCUCUCUAAAGUACAAUCAGUGGCAAGGGUGUGUGAUCACAUCACCACAAUGCUUCUUCUCAGUUGCUUUAGACACUGGAAAUUUAUUCA